UGACAGUAUUGUAUACCGCACCCACUCAGUCCUAUUUUCUUUUUUGCUCUUCUUUAUCUGAUAUAAAAUCUUUAAUGCAAAUAAAAUAAAUUUGAAAUAACACAUAGUAGCUAAUAAAAGUGCUACGGAAGUUCUACAUAAUCGGCAGUCAUAAAACAAAUUUUAUUUUGUAAAUAAAUAGUAGAAAAUGGAGGGAUGUUCACGGCCUAAAAAGAAACUGAAAACUUGUGCCCAAGUUGCAACAAAUGUGGUGGAGCAGAAACACCAGGUGUCGAGAGCCAAGAGGAGUCGAGCCCUCGGCAGUCGCGCGUUCAGGGGAAGCACUGUAUGGUUCACGGGGCUCAGUGGCGCGGGGAAGACCAGCAUUGCUUUCGCACUGGAGGCCUACUUGGUGUCUAAAGGUAUUCCCGCCUACGGCCUGGACGGUGACAACAUUCGAACAGGGCUGAACAAGAACCUGGGCUUCUCCAAGGAAGACAGAGAGGAGAACAUCAGACGGGUGGCCGAGGUGGCUAAGUUGUUUGCCGACAGUGGCGUGGUCUGUCUUUGCAGUUUUGUGUCGCCUUUUGCCGAGGACCGUGAGGUCGCGCGCCGCAUUCACACCGACUCCGACCUGCCUUUCUUCGAGGUCUUCAUCGACACACCAUUGGAGGUCUGUGAGCAGAGGGACACGAAAGGCCUCUACAAGAAAGCUAGGGAGGGACAGAUCAAGGGUUUCACAGGUAUAACCCAGCCCUAUGAGCGGCCGGAGAACCCAGAGCUGGUGCUGCAAACCGUGGGCCAAACUAUCGAGGAGUCCACUAUGGAGGUCAUCAAACUUCUCGAGUCACAAGAUAUAAUCCCACGCUUCGACAACAGGAAUAUAGAAGUGGAAGAGCUGUUCAUAUACGGCAAUAGGCUGUCGAGUGCGCAGGAGGAAGCCAAAAGGUUGCCGCAAGUUCAGCUCACUACAUUGGACUUGCAAUGGGUUCAGGUGCUGUCGGAAGGAUGGGCUUACCCACUAAAAGGAUUCAUGCGGGAACACGAGUAUCUACAAGCACUUCACUCAAACUGUCUCACACUUCCCGAUGGCUCAAUCGUCAACCAAUCCGUCCCUAUAGUACUUCCAGUUGAUACAGAAUUCAAAGAGCAAGCUAGUGGAUCCGACGCUAUAGCCCUGAUGUAUAAUGGAAGGGCGGUAGCUGUUUUAAGGGCGCCGGAAUUCUACCCUCAUAGGAAAGUCGAGAGGUGUUCGAGGCAGUUCGGGAUUUAUAAUACUGGACAUCCUUAUAUCAAGAUGAUAUCGGAGGCGGGCGAUUGGCUGGUGGGCGGUAACCUGGAGGUGUUCGCGCGCGUGCGCUACAACGACGGGCUGGACGGGUACCGCCUCACGCCGCGCGAGCUGCGCGCGCGCGCCGCCGAGCUGCGCGCCGACGCUGUGUUUGCGUUCCAGCUCCGCAACCCUAUUCACAACGGCCACGCGUUGCUGAUGCAGGACACACAGCGACAGUUGGUUGCGAGAGGAUAUAAAAGACCUAUAUUGCUACUACAUCCUCUAGGGGGUUGGACCAAGGACGACGACGUGCCACUAGAUGUGAGAAUGAACCAACACAAAGCGGUGUUGAAUGAAGGGGUGCUCGACCCCAACUCUACCAUUCUCGCCAUAUUCCCCUCGCCCAUGAUGUAUGCUGGACCUACCGAGGUGCAAUGGCACGCGAAAUGCCGGAUGAACGCAGGCGCGAACCACUACAUAGUGGGCCGCGACCCCGCGGGGAUGCCGCACCCCGACGGCGGCGACCUCUACGACCCGCGCCACGGCGCCAUGCUGCUCAGCGCCGCGCCCGGCCUCAAUGACCUCGAGAUAAUUCCAUUCCGCGUGGCAGCAUACGACACAUCUGUUGGCAAGAUGGCGUUCUUCGAUCCUACCCGCAAAGAGGACUUCGAUUUUAUAUCCGGAACUCGCAUGAGAGGUCUCGCCAAAGCAGGUAAGGAGCCUCCAAAAGGUUUCAUGGCGCCUUCUGCAUGGAAAAUCCUUGCUGACUACUACCAAUCUCUCAAAUCCAAGAUGGAUACCAACUAGGCUUAUUUAUUAAUUAGAAAUUAUGUCCAUCGAUGACUGGCCUAAAACUGAAAGUCUAAAAAUGAUAUAGUGGUGAGACACUAAGUUUUGAUGUAUAGAAUUCACUUAAAUUGAUUUAAACUGAACGACUUCGCUACUAUUUGAGUCUUUAAAUUAUAUUGGUAAGAUAAUUUCGAGUGUGUUAGUAAUUAACACAUUUGAAAAGAAAGAUAUGUAAUAUUACAUCAAGCAUACCUAUAAAAAAUACCGUCCGACAUCUUGUUUCAGCCAAUCACAACACACCGAAUAAAUGUACCUUCCUUGGAUUGGCAGUGUCCAAAAGUCACUGUUCCGUCUUAUAAAAACAGUUUGUUUCAAAUUUGACGAAUUUUAUUAUUAAUUUUAUAUUAUAGAAAUUUAUAAUAGCAAUAAACAUGUUAAGUGUUUAUGGCUCUAUACUGAAAUAAUUAUGAUUAUUUCAUAUUAUUUUUUACAAAUUAUAGUCUUCCCGUACAAUUUAAAAAAAAUACCGUUCUAAGAAUAUGCUUUAUGUGAUAUUACUCUGAGAUCAUAAUUCUAUAUUAAAUGUCGCCAUAAUUUUAUAGGAGUGACACUCGUAUCUAAUGUGUAAAAUGCAUAAUGCAAAUGCACUUGGACGUUGGUAAGUAAUGAAAACUUUAUAUGAGUAAGAUUUAAUUUUACUUUUUCUACUUUUAAUAUAUGACGUGCUUAACUUCCAAUUUCAAACGUGCAAUAAAAUUAAUCUUGAAUUUUAAUUUACAUUCCGUUGUAAACUUUCGUAAUUUUUUUUUGUAAAUAAAUUACACAUUCCACAGGUUUUGUGUAAAAUGUAAAUACCUUGGUUUAUAAAGGCGUACAAUUAAAAAUUGCAAUUUUAUUUUUUAAUACUUUUAUUAUAAUGUUUGUGUGAGUAUUACAUGUUGCAAAAUUUUUUGCAAAAUAUCUAUAUAUCAAAUCUUAUUUGUAUAAUAAUUUUAUUAUCGGGAACUAAUCACAUUACAGUUGUGUAUAUUUUUCUAAGUUCUAAUCAUGAUUUUCUAUACAUUUAUGUUAUACCAGUUCUAUUAUUGUAAGUUAGUUACAUAAAUGGGACGUAUUGUUAGACAGUGAGAGGUUUAAUAUUAUAAAUUGUUGUAAUUUUAGUAAUUAUGGUGCUUUAAUGCUAAUAGUUUUAUUUAAAAAUAAAAUAUUGCAUAUUGAA